UGACAUUUUGGUUUUUAUUACUCCACACAAUUUAUGGAAAAUAUCGAGUUUUCUUUUAAAUAUUCACGAGGAAAACUUCUGGGAAAUAAGGCGAAAACUGUAUUGAUCGGUAAGCUUUCAAUACCCCUUUUCCAAGCAAUAAAAUGAGAGGCUUUUUGUGUAAAUGGAUAUAACAUGUGGGAGGCAGACAACAGUACAUGAAAUUCAACAAACAGAUCACUUUUUGAAAUGAGAUCAAACACAAAAAAUCCUUUAUUGAAAGUAGUCAUUCUCGGUGAUGGAGGUGUGGGCAAAAGUUGCCUCAUGAAUCGGUUUGUUUCUAACCAGUUCGAUGAACAUUCAUUUCACACUAUAGGAGUGGAAUUUUUGAACAAAGAUUUAGAUAUUGAUGGCCAAAUGUACACUUUACAGAUAUGGGACACUGCAGGGCAAGAAAGAUUCAAAACCUUAAGAACCCCUUUUUACAGGGGCAGUGAUAUAUGCAUGUUAACAUAUGCAAUAGAUGAUAAAACAAGUUUUAGGAAUCUUGAAGUGUGGCGAAAAGAGUUUAGUUAUUAUGCCGAUCUCAAAGAGAGCAGUCAAAUACCCUUUAUUGUUGUCGGAAAUAAGUCAGAUGUGCCUGUAGAAGAACGAGAAGUUUCCCAACUGGAAAUGGAUGGAAAUGGAAAUGGCAAUGAAAAUGGCAUAACUUCUUGUAUAGAAACUUCAGCUAAGAAUGCCAGUAAUGUGCAGGAGGCCUUUAAGUUGGCAGUGAAACAUUGGCAGAGAUUGGAAUCCAGGGCAGAUAAAAAUGAAACAGUAAUAAAUGACACCGUCGAUCUCACCAAAAAAAGUGGAGAUAGUAGACUGUCGUGCUGCGCCGGCGGUGGAAACGACGUGGAAAACCAUUAAGGGUUUACCGAUAAUGACUUAAUCAUUUUGAUAGGGGGAAUUUUUGUUAGUUUUCAUUUUCACAAAGUAUCAAUGAUAGUUGUGAUAUUUCGUACCAUAUCAACCGUUAAGUUUUUUCAUGGAAAAUUUCAGUAUUUCGUUAAACCAAAAUUUUUUAUUGUAGUCUUAAGGCGGGCUUUUGAAUGUGGAAAAUUGUGAUCGAGCUUUAGUUGUGCAGCUUUCGAAAAUUAUUGUUUUUUAUUUCGAAAUUAAGCAAUAUAAUAUAUUAUAUAUUAUUAUUUAAAAAGAUGUGAUAACUAAGUACUGCUUCAGCAUUAUCUUUUUAGAAUUAAAUACAGUACAGCAUUAUUUGGUUCAUUUUUUAAAUUAAUUUGAGUGUGUUCGAUCUACAACCGUCCUAUAUUUCCAGUAAGUUCUUAAACGUGUCACAAAUUUAGUUACAUAUUUAAGAAUAGGUUCAUAUUUUUAUACAAAUGGCACACAAGUAGUUUUCAAUGUUUUUUGUUUCUAGAUAUAGCUCAGCAUAAAUAGUAUAACUAUAUAAUCUUAUUUGUAGGCUUAUUCUAUAUUACUAUACUUUACUAUCUACUUUUAUCUUUAAGGUCUGUAUACUGUCAAAUUCUCACUCAGGAUAAACACCAAAAAAAUCUAGUAUCUCCUAUAUAUUUAUUAUUAUUGCUUUCCCACAAUAUUGCUGUAGGUUAAAUAGAGAUUCAAGUAAUAUUCUCAUUCUUAUUAGUAGUAAAUUUAGUCAAUAAGCAUCUUAAGGAUAUUAUAAGUAAAGGAUCUUAACCAUAUUAUAAGUAAAAAAUUUCAAUUUAUGUACAGCUUCCACGGUGGUCCUCAGGGAAAUACAUCAAUUAAUUUAUGGGAUAAUAUUGAAAAUUUGCAAAAAAAAAGCAGCGUUGGUUGGACACACACAACUAAAAUAUCUUUUUGGUUAUAUCGGAAGAACUUCGUUGACGGUUUCUUUGAUAUCUACUUCCAAUAUAAUAAUUGCGGAAACUAUUAAAACAUUUUAGUUGCAUGUCGUCACAUUGCCAAUUUUUCAAUAAUUUUCUAUAAUAAUCCAUCAUAUAAAGAUCCUGUAGACUGCCCUGUGGGGCUGUUACAUAUAUAGUGGAAAAAUUUAUAUUUUUGUUGUACGGAUUCGCCGCUUUUGUAUGGCAGUGUGAUUAGAUUUAGCUCAUUGUCUACGCAACUAAGUUGAAUAAAGACAUUUUUAGGUA